AUGAUAUUUGAUUUCUGUUUAGUUUUACUGACAAAUCUUCUUUUGGACGACUUGAAACGUUCAUCUCCUUCAAGAGUAGUCAUUAUUUCAUCAAAACUUCAUGAUUCAAAUGCAAGACUUGGAAAUCCUCCAAAGUUCAAAUGGGACUUAGAUGAGAUUAACAAUGAGAUGGAUUACGAUGGAAUGGUUGCUUACAAAAAUUCGAAACUGGCCAAUAUUUGGUUUGCAUACGAAUUAGCUCGAAGAUUAGAAAGUACAGGAGUCGAUGUUCAUGUUGUUUGUCCGGUACAGAUUAUAAUGCUAUGCUUCUCUUAUUUCGGUAGUGAAUGUGAAGUAUUUGCUGCCACGUCUAACACUCUUAAUGGUAAAACUGGAGUAUUUAUAUCUGAUAUGAAAGAAGCACGUUCAAGCGAAGAAUCGUACAAUGUAGAAAAAGCAAAACGAUUAUGGGAUUUAAGUGAACAGUUGACACAUCAAAAUAUUUGA